GAUGAGCUACUGCAACUUCGUCAAUCAUCCGGACAAUGUGCAGUUCCGGCUGGCGGGGGGACUGACUCUGGUGCUGACUGCUGUGGCCUACAAACUAAUGCUGUCCAACACCCUUCCCACCAUCUCCUACUUGACACUUGUAGAUAAGUAUGUAUUGACGCAGAUCUUCCUGCUGACAGUUUUGGUUGUGGGGUUCGCCAUCCUCCAUCUCUUCUACCGACACUUCAAAUACACCAUCGACUUCACAAUUGAGCCUGUGAACUGCAGCCAGAUGUUCCACUACUGGGCUCCAGAAGACUCGUGCGAGCUGCAGGCAUUCGCCAACUUCACCGACCUGCUCACUAUCGGAGUUCACGGAAGCAUGCAGCUCAUUUCCAGCCUCUACUUCAUGGCAGUCGCGUUCCAGAAGAGCAGGAAGAGUGCCACGAGUUUGAUGCAGCAGGAGCAGCACUACAAGCAGUUCCUGAGAGAGUGCAAGGAGCUGAGAGACCGGAUGUGGAAGCAGAACAUCAUACUCCCCGCCCCCAGCCACACGUACAACAGUGUGCGGGGAACGGGCAAAGCCACCAUGACACAUUUGACAGUGGGAGACAGGAAUGGAGGCACCGGUCUCGGAUUCAUGGGGGGUAGUCUCACUAACAUCAUGGACAGUCGCAUGCACAACCCCGGCAGACACUCAACUCUCAAUUACAGCAGCAACCAGCUCAAGAACUCAGACAAGCACAAGUUCGUGCAGGAGGACUAGCAUAGCUGUAAGGUAAUUGUAGUUAUUCCGCCCAACAUACCCCUAACAUCACUAAG